CUGAACUUCCUUUUUUUGCUUAAAAGUCCAAUAAUGAUGGUGGUUGUAGCGAUCAGACUUCUCUACGCGACUACCAGCAUGUCGAUGACAGUCGGGAAUGUGGUGUUUGUCGGAAACAUACCUUACGAUGUUUCUGAACACCAAAUGACAGAAAUCCUUGAACAAGUGGGUCCUGUAAAACAGUUCAAGCUGGUUAUGGAUUUGGAAACUGGCAAUGGAAAAGGCUAUGGAUUUUGUGAGUUUUAUGACAGUGAGACAACUGCUUUGGCUGUUCAACGCCUAAAUAAUCGUGAAUUUUUUGGACCUCGAAAAAUCCGUGUAGAAUUCCCUUCUAAUGACCCCAGAAGACACCAGAAUUACGGAUCUCAAGACAAGCAUGGUGAUUUUUCUUCUUCUUCAGCUGAUCCUUCUCAUACAGCUCGAUAUACCUCUUAUCAAAACCCUCCUCCUCAUCUCCGUCCUCAUUCUCUUGCUUCAAAUAUGCAUCCAGCUCAUGCCUCCGACUAUAACAUUCCCCCUAUGCCGUCUACGUCCUCUUCUGCCAAUGACUUAUAUACGCAAGCAAAUUUGAAUGCAACACGCCGGAGUCCUUUUCCAGCUUCUUCGUAUAAUCCUUAUACCUCGUCUUCUGGGAUUCCACCAUCGGCACCUUCAUAUCCUAUCCCUACUGCGACUCCUUCUAUUUCAAGUACACCAUCUGCAGCACAUUUACCGUCCACGGGUAGCAAAGCUGGCUCCGAAACACCGCAGUCUUACUCUGUUCCUCCUUCUGUAGCGAAAGUUUUCUCAUCUUUCACAGCACAAGAAUUAUUAACCAUGCUUACCCAGCUACAGACAGUAGUUCACGUAGCUCCGGAUGAGGCUAGACGCUUAUUAAAUGCUAAUCCUGCCCUUCCUUAUGCGGCCUUCCAGGCAAUGCUGUUAAUGAAUAUGAUUGAUUCUCGAGUACUACAACAGGUUGUAUUGUCGAUGCGUAGCAAUCCCGCUUCUCAGGCUCCUACCCCUGCUCCUCAGGCCGCUCCACGAGCAACUCCGGCUGCUCGUCCUGAUAUUUCUGCUGAUGCAGACACAAACAGCACUGAAGCAAAACGGAUGGCACUUAUAAAUCAGCUUAUGACUUUAACUCCCGAACAAAUACAGUCUUUACCACCCGCACAACGAGAACAAAUAAUAGCAAUCCGUCGACAGCACGGUACCUUUUAAAAAGAUGGAGGAGCAAACGAACAGUGUUAGUCAUUACUUCUUCUUAUCUUUGGGGUUUUAUAUCAAAAAGCGACUUUCUUUUCAGUGUUUAUAAUUAAUUGUCAUGUAAGCUUAAUCAUGCUGAUUUUGUUUCUAAUUAUUAUUUCUUAAGGUUAGAUAAUUUAUGAAAUUAGUAAGUAACCUAUAAAUCUUUUCUUCGAUAUUUUGUACGUUUGGUAUGAAUACUCGUGCAUAUUUUGUAUAUACUUUUCUCAUCAUCAAGUUGGAAAUUUGUGCUCGUCCCG